AUCAUUCUCAAUAGACAUUGGAAGACAUUAUUGCAAACACUUUUAAGGCCCGAACUUGUUUGACCUCCCUGUAUAUACAUUCAGAGCAGCGCCCCAAAAACAAAAACAACAAAAGGAAGAAAAAAAAAGAAGAAAAAAAAGAAAGAAAAAAAAAAGGAAUGAAGGCCAUAGUAAUUCAUGAUUUCGUGACACACCUUGACAACAUACGGGUCACCGAUGUUCCACCCCCGGAACCGCCACAGGAUGGAUUCCUCAUCCGAGUCCAUGCAGCAGGUGUCAAUUUCGUUGACAUAUUAUACGCCCAAGGGAAGCAUCAGAACAACCGGUCUCUCGUCCGCCCUCCCUUCACCCUGGGCCUCGAGUUCGCAGGGACCGUCAUCUCCGCACCUCCCACCUCCGCAUUCAAGCCCGGGGACAAGAUAUUCGGCGGCCACACGGGCUCCUACAGCGAGGUCAUAUCUCUUCCCCCCUCCACCACCCUCCACCGGAUCCCCCCGGGAUGGUCGAUGCAAGGCGCCGCAGGCAUGGCCGCAACCCUACCCGUCGCCUACGGCGCCCUCGUCCAACGCGCAGGCGUAAAAGCCGGCCAAACCGUCCUCGUGCACGCCGCCGCCGGAGGUCUAGGCAUCAUGGCCGUCCAGGUCGCCGCCGCCCUGGGGUGCCGGGUCAUCGGCACGGCGGGCUCGGCCGAGAAGUGCGCCGUCCCCGUCCGGUACGGAGCCGCGGCCUGCGUCGACUACACGGAGCACCGCGAAUGGUGGAAGCAGGUGCUGGGACUCACGGAGGGGAAGGGCGUCGAUGUCGUCUUCGACCCCGUGGGCCUGAUCGACCUCUCCUUGAAGUGCGUGGCUCACUACGGGAAAUUGCUCGUGGUGGGCUUCGCGGGCGGCGACAUUGAGAAUGUUGCCAUGAAUCGCGUCCUCCUUAAACAGGUGUCUCUCAUAGGAUACCGUUAUGGUGAGACGCUACGACGGUCUCCCGAAGAGGACAGGCUGUUGUGGCACGGUUUGCAGGGCCUCGUUGAUUCCGGUAGGAUAGCGCCUGUUGUGUAUGAUACGGUGUAUGACGGACUGGAGAGUGUGCCCCGGGCGUUGAAUGAUUUAAAUGCCAGAAAAGUCUGGGGGAAAGCUGUCAUCACGGUAGACAAUGGGGCGAAAACAGGCCUAGAUAUGAGGUUGUAGAACGUCUCCGAUUGUGGAAGACAACACCUGGAAGACAAAGUGACCACCAACCACAUACCGAAAGUAGGAACAAAAGAAAAACCCCCACACAUCUAGACUAUCCACCCUUCCUCCGCAACAAGGCCGAGAAUCAUCUCGG